AUGGAUAGUGAAAUGGGGAAGAUUUCUCUGAACUUCGAAGAGGCCAAAGACACGAUGCCAUCGGAAAAGGGACUGAAUGCUGCUGAGCAGAUGAAUGCCAAAAUGACAGAAUCUAGCUCGAAAUUCCUUGAUGACCACGAGACGACACGCAACAUGAACACCCUCUCGACCUCCCUCAUUUCCCUUCAGUCAGCCUUCAGAGAUGCGGAAGUGGAGAUAAUGUGCAAAAGAGACGCCAAGAAGUACAAGUGGAUACCCAUUUCAUCAAUCAACGAGAUACUUGAGAGCUGCCAGAGGUUCGACGUGGAGGAUACGGUGCGCGGCUUCAUAUUCGCAAAGGCCAAGAGGCUCUUCUCUCUUCUUGUCCGCCAGGAACACUUCGAGUGGCUAUCACUCUUUCAUUCUAAUGACUUCGGCGAUGAGAAUUUUCCCAUCAACUUCAGUGUCGACAGAAUCUCUAAUGUUUGGGCCUUGAAGUCGUGUAAAACUGACACGACAAUCAGCUUUGAGGUUACCGAGAGAGAAGUUAAUGGGAUCAGCGCAAGCGACCAGGACUCACUUGCCACCUUCUGCGACCACCACCAAUGGCUUAUAUUUGUGCCAAUAUUCUCUCCUGAUGACGAAGCCCAUGUAUUUGAUCCACUCUGCCGAAUGCCCUUCGUGGAAGAGUUCGAAUCCCAAGUGACAAACUUCAGCAUUGUCAGGCAUUUCGUCAUUCACCGAAGCCAUCUCAACUUUCCCCGCGACGAUCAGAUUGGAACAAUAGUAGAUAAGGAUGGCAAUCCUCAUGUCGCUGUGAAAGAACUAUUGUCUGCGCAAGGUUUACCGGCAGAGAAGUUUCAAGAGCUGGCCGAGAACGAGGCGACUAUCCUUACAGGUCUGAGAAAACAAGACCACCCACACUUCAUUCGAGCAAUUGCUAGCUACACCCAGGGAAAUCAGCAUUUCUUCAUUUUUCCUUGGGCUAGAGGUGGCAACCUGCGCAAUUUUUGGAAAGUUCAACCUAGCUUGAGCGCUGCAUCAGAUGAGAUCAGCACUCAAGACUGGAACAACUAUCUGGAAUGGUUCUUUGAGCAGCUGCUCGGUCUUGCAAGCGCUAUAAACAACCUUCAUCAUCCGGUGAAUGACCGAAAUCAGUCUUGCAGGCACGGCGACCUGAAGCCGGAGAACAUUUUGUGUUUCAGCAAGAAGGAGGAUGACAUUGGCGAAGGCAAAAUUCCGACUGGCGUACGGCUCGUUGUCGCUGAUGCUGGGCAUGCCAAAGUACAUGAGAAAGCCACUGAGUUCCGAGGUUACCCAACGGCUACACCCAAAGGCACGACAAUGUACUCACCUCCAGAGGCGGACAUCAAACAAGCCAGAACAAGGCGAUACGACAUCUGGUCCCUCGGUUGUCUGUAUCUUGAGUCCCUUAUCUGGAUGAUGUAUGGCUACAAUGCGCUGAAGUCUUUUCAUCUAGAUGUCGGACCUGGAGAGCCCUACUUCGCCAAAGACCCGCCUGUCGAUCUCAAAGAUGCCGUGAAAGAAUGGAUCAAGGCGAUCAAAAUUGAUCCCCGCUGCGCUCCCGUCGAGAGGACUGCCGCUGGACGUCUAGUCACUCUGAUAGAAGAGAGAAUGCUGGUCGUCCGAGCCACGAAACGUGGGAUGUCAGCCCGUGAAGGCUCGGACACGGAGCAGUCGAUAGCUCCCAUGGUCCUUAUCAGACAAGCUACAGACUUUUCAGAGGAACUUCCGCAAAGAGCCGACGCCAAGGAAGUCCACAAGGAGAUGCAGAAGAUAUUCGAUGCCAACGAGCAGAAUAAGGAUCCGACAUGGAUGACUCGGGAUACGGAAGCUUCUGCACGUGGGCCGCCUAACAUCUCCAAGGGCCUUGCCCCUGGCGACAGCAGAAGACCUCCAAGAACACAUUCAAAGGUUUUGAAGCUUAACGGAGUAAAGCUUGGUAUUCCAUUCUCCCUUGUACCUGGAGAUAGGACUCAUGUAAGCAUCCUCGCCGAGUGGAUUAGAAGCUGCGAUCGUGCGCAUCACUUCUCAGUCGGUGGAAGUUUCAUCCCCAAUAGGCUUCUAUUCGUUGGCGAUUUGAACUCCACUUGUGUUCAACUGGUAUCCAACCUCGCAAAGGACGCCCUUCCCGUGGUGUACGUUGCCCUAUCACAUCGCUGGGGAACAGCCUCAAAUGUCGAGGACAAAUUCACCACGACGACCACUGAAAACAUCCGCUUGAUAGAAGCACCGGAAGGGGUAGAGGAUGUUUCUCUGCCCAGGACUUUCCGCGACGCAGUGAUCAUUACCAGGCAACUGGGAGUGAAGUAUCUCUGGAUCGACUCGCUAUGCAUCCUUCAGAGUCGUGGUCCGGAACAUGACUCUGCCUCGAAGGCUGACUGGGAGAGAGAGUCGGAGCUUAUGGAAGAAAUAUUCGGCUCCGCAUAUGUCACCAUUGCCGCCAGCUGCGCCAGCCACCGAUUUGAAGGCUUCCUAAAGCCGCGCGUACCGAGAGAAUUUAUCACAAUGAGAGCAAAAGACGGCGCGCAAUUCCACGUCUGUGAAAUCGUGGACAAGUUCGAGACCGAUGUGGAGGAAGGAGACCUGAACCAGAGAGGCUGGGUACUGCAAGAACGUGCGCUUUCGAGGAGGACCCUUCAUUUCACGAGCAACCAAACGUACUGGGAAUGCGGAGAAGGCAUACGAUGCGAGACAUUCACCAAGACAUUCAAGUGA